ACUUGCACAUGAAGGCAUCACAGUGAGGGGCGGGGCUAGUGUGAGCUAGCUCGGUAGCGACAACCCGUGCUAACCAGUUAGCUUAGCCUGUUAGCUCGUCGCCGAGGCCACAGCUCCAUCCACCCCCGCGUCGCUGCUGCUCGACCACGGCCUCGACACCGCACUUGGCUCUACCGGCCGCCGCAAUGGAGGGCGUGAUAGUGAAAAAGGAGCCCGUGGAAAGCGAGCAAGACGAGGAGGAAGAUGUGUACGAGGUGGAGAGGAUCAUUGAAAUGCGAGUGGAGGAGGGCGAGGUGCUCUACAGGGUGCGCUGGAAAGGUUACUGCUCCGACGACGACACCUGGGAGCCUGAGGCCCACCUGGAGGACUGCCGUGAGGUCUUGUUAGCGUUUAAGAAGGCCGCCACGGACGCCAAGAAAGAAGCAGAGGCCAAGAAGUUUGUGCCGAAACCGCUUCCUACAAAGAGCGACUUGUUUGACGCCGACUCAGAGAGCGACAGUGACAAAGAUCGUCCGAGCGAAGCUCCCGUCAAGAAGAAGAAGAAAAAGAAGGUACGGGAAGAAGAGGAGGAGCCGCGAAAGGAGAAGAAGAAAAAGAAGAAGAAAGACAAGUGGAGGGAUGAGUUCAAGCCCGUGCCGGCGCCGGACACCGAUGAGGAGGAGACGGUGCCGCCCUCCACUCCCGAGCCCAAGGAGAAACAGGCGGAGCAAAAAAAGCGUCUGAUUGACUCGGAUGACGAGGACGACGAGCCGGCCCCGCCCAAGAAACCCAAGAAAGACAAGACGAAAGAUGGAGGCAAGCACAGGAAGGAGCGAGGGGAGGAGGGGAAGAAGAAGAAAGCCAAGAAGGAGCGCAAGAUGGAGUCUUCUGAAGACGAGGGCCCUGCCGGCCCCCUCGAGGACGACCGAAGCGAAGGCCUCUCCGACGCCCAACUGGAGGAGGACGCGCAGGCCGAGACGUCCGCCAAGCCCCCGGAGAAGACGCGCACGGAGGACAAGGCCAAACACAAGAAGGGCAAGUUUGACGUGAAGCUGCAGGGCAUCAAGGAGCUCAUCCUGGACAGGAAGAGCAAGAAAGGCGACUUCUCGCUCAAAGAGAGCAGCCUCCACAAACUGAAGAGCCUCACGUCCAGAGGCAGGGAGGAGGCGGCCCCGCACUCGUCCGACUCCAGCGACAGCUCCAGCCUGCACAAGAAGGCCAAGAGCAAAAGUCAGGAGGGGACCUCGGCCGCCGCCAAAACACCCUCGUCCGCCUCCACGUCCUCGCUGGCCACAGCGGGCAAGCACAAAGAGGACGAGGCCGCCAAAGAGGAGUCGUCGGGGCAGAAAGAGGCCAAAAGCUCCACCAACCUCUUUGAGACCUUCUUGCUGAACUGCGAGGCGAAGGACCGAGCCCCCCGCAGGCCACCGGCGCACACACCCGCCUCGGACAAGAACAGCAACAAAGCCCCGAAGAUCCUUGGAAAGGUUGAGAAGGUCUCCAAGCCAAUCAAAGAGCCUCCUUCGCUGAAGGAGCCGGAAAAGACGGAAGCCAAGACCAAGCCAUUGGAGGUGGUCUCCAAGCCCAGCCAGGGUUACGGCUUCAGCCUGGACAGCGACGAGAGGGAAGCACAGGACUCGGCAACCAAGCCGAGGCCCGGGGACGAUUCCCGGGAGCGCCGGGAGAGGCUCGAAGAGAGCCAACGGCCGAGCUGGGAGAGGAAGGGGCUGGCCGACGACCGGAAGAAGAGGCGGGAAGACGGCGAGCCCAAACUCCAUGGGACAAGUGAUGGCCACAUGGGCAGCCAGGACCCGCUGGAGACCACAGACAAAUCUGACAGAGGUCCAGCAGCCUUGAGCCUGGGAAUGGAUCUCAACCUGGACUGGAUGACCCUUGACGACUUUCAGAAACAUCUGAAUGGAGAAGACGAGAUCCUGUCUGCGCCUCUACUGUCGCCCAGCGAGUUGCGUGAUGCUGUGAAAAGUGGAGAUUACAUGGCUGUAAAAUUGGCACUCAAUUCUAAAGAGGAGUACAAUUUGGACCAAGAGGCCUAUACAAAUGGAGAGAAGAGGUCACUUGAAGAGCAAAGUCGAAAGGAUUAUUUUACUCCGCAGUGUUUAAAUUUCCCACAAACUGGCGAGAAAACACUAAGCAGUUGUGCAAGUACCAACUCCAGAACACAUAAAGACAUCCAAAAGGAUGCGAAUAAUUCUGGAAAAACUGCUUGCAAUUCAGAUUUAAAUCAUGAAAGUCAAGGAAAGAAGAUGUUACAAGACACAGAAGCUGUUUUGCCAAGUAAAUUGAGACCAACCGUUGAUAUUCCAAAUCAGACUAUGAAUGUGGAGAAUAUUCUGGCAAAGGUCUUGGACAAAACUAAAGGAAACAAGGCAAGCUACACAGGUGAAAACGCAAACAAGGGGGUGACAGCUCAAGUCUCAUGUGAAGAGGGCUCACAAGACAGAACCAGGAGGUUAGGUCGUUCGAGGAAAACGGUCGAAACCAAACAACCGACACGAACAAGUCAAAGGGCGUGUAGGAAAGUGGUUAGGUCACCGGAACCCAGCACUGAUGAGGAAGACGUAGAAAAGGAGCCAUGCAAAAAGCAUUUCUGUUUAUAUUGCAAGAUGCCUUUCACCCAACUAGCAAAGCAUUUGGAAAAGAAACAUGCCGACGAAACAGACGUAGCACAUGCCAUCCACUUUCCCAAAGGCUCCAGAGUCAGACAAACUUUGCUCGACCAAAUACGCAGUAAUGGCGAUUAUGAGCAUAAUACCAAAGGUCUCAAAAAGCCAGGUAAAGAAGACGGUUCCCAAAAGGAAUUAAGUCCAAAAAUAUGCGUUCGGGACUUUCUACCUUGCCAGCACUGCUACACUUUUUAUCGCAAAACUGAUCUGUGGAGGCAUGAGCGCUCCUGCAAGGCCAGAAAGGGAGAUGAAAUGUCCAGCGGGAUUCCAAAACAGGGAGGCACAAUUGCCAGCACGACCUCACAGCUGCUUCCAAUGUCCGAGUUCUUAACAGAAGGCUGCAAGGAAAUCAUCCACAUCAUGCAUCAGGAUGACAUUGCGAGGCACAUCAAAAAUGAUCCACUCAUUUGCAAGUACGGCAAUGCCUUGUCUGCAAAGUACGACCAUGACAAGUCUCAAUUUGCUUACAUUGGACAAAAGAUGAGAGAAUUGGGUCGAUUCAUGCUUACGGUCAAAGAGCUUGACAACAGUGUACAUUAUUUGCAUGAACUGUGUCUCCCAUCACGGUUUGAAUUAGCUGUUGAGGGGGCCAAAAAAGCGAGUGGGUUUGAUCCAACAUCCACUAAGUUCAAAACAUGUUCCCUUGUCUCAAAGAUUGGGUACUCUUUGAAAAGAGCUGCAGAAAUUGCCUUUGGCGAAAGUCGUAUGACCGAAAAUAGCCAAAUGGAAAGUGAAGUUAAGCAGUUCAUACAGCUGGUGGAUACAAAAUGGAACCAGUGUUUUUCUCGAAAAUCUUUAUUAGUAUCUUCAAAGCAGGAGGUCAGGAAAGUAGAAGUGAACACAUCAAGUGUGACAGAGGAUUUGAUAAAACUUCACAGGUUCAUCACCAAUGAGGAGGAUGAAGCGAGGAAAGAGCUAAAGGAGAGUCCUAGUGUGGCCAAUUGGAAAAAGCUAAGUGAGGCCACACUAGCAGAUGUCUGCCUCUUCAACAGAGCACGGGUAGGAAAUAUCGGUAGACUGCUCUUGCUUACCUACACCAGCAAAAAGUUUUGUGGUAAAUUUGUGCCAUCUGCGGAUCAGAUUAAGAAAUGCACCAAGCUGGAAGUGGAACUUGGUGAACACUUCACUCGGUUGGAACUAGAAGGUCAGUAUGGAAGGAACAUGUUGGUUCUGCUUACCGAGAAGAUGAGUUUGUCACUCGACCUUCUCGUGGAAAACCGCCAGAAUGCCGGUGUGAUGGAAAGUAACCCUUACCUUUUUGCACGGACGGAAGGCCCGUCCUUCAUCCGAGCACUCGACUGCUUCCGAAGGGCUACAGUUGAAUGUGGUGUAAAAAACCCAGAGGCACUCCUGUCGCCCUCAUUGAGAGAGCAAAUCGCCAACUGCUGGCAGUUAAUGAGCCUCAGUGAGCCUGAGUUGGAUGGAGUCGCCAAGUUGCUGAAGAAGAGUAGCCAGGAGUGUUACAAAUUGGCCAAAAAUGCUACGCAGCUGGAGGAAGCGAGUAAGCAAUUGCUCCAGUUGGAACGAAUACGGAUACCAGUUUCAGCUAAUCCACCAAGCAUCGGUACUCCAUCAAAAGCCACUCCGAAGAGAAGACCCUGGAGUGAACGAGAACAAGCUGCUGUAAAACAUAACAUGAGUGAAUUUUUAGGAAAGAUGAAGGUCCCAGGCAAAAAGGAUUGUAACGCUUGCAUAGCUGCCGAACCAGAUCUCAGUGGAAGAUCCUGGACAGAUAUCAAAAACUAUGUGCACAACAGCAUUCAGACCAUACGUAGGAGAAGUAACCAGCACAAGGAUGAAAGGAAUAGUAAAGACAUCAAUCCAAAGACAGGAGUAUCUGAGGUCCAAACCAACACAAGGACAGAUUUGGAAGACCUGGCAGUUGGUUGUAUCAUGUCUUCAGGGCUUCCAGAACACUUAAGAGAAAGUUCAAAUUGUGUCAUGACCAUGGUACCGCACACAAACCUGAGAGAACCGACCCAGUACACACAAGAUAUGCCUUUAACAUAUACGUCCUUAUGUCCUGCCAGCUCAGAUAUGGUCAAUACCAGUCAGCCUUUGAUGUCCUCAUUCACGGCGCUGAAUGCGACAGAUACUCAAGUAGUUCCGACUUUUACGCCACUCAGCACUACAAAUGCACUAAUGUCUCCUGUGUACACAUCAGACCUCAACAGUAUACACCCAAUGGCAGCUUCAUAUUCACAAAAUUCCUUGAGUAUUCCACAUUCUCCUAUGUAUGCCCCUCCGGACCAUUUAAAUGUCCCAAUGCUUCCUAGUUUUAGUCCACAUAGUGUUAUAGGUACCUCAAUGCUUCCUACAUAUACACCAUUGAACUCUCCAAGUCCGCCAAUGGUCCCUGCGUUCUCCUCACCCCUAAAUGACAGAAGUAGCAUGAUGGUGUCUUCGUUCACGCCUCUGAACCACUCCAGUACAUCGUCCUACCCAACAAGUCCACCAAGAACUUCAAUGACUGCACAGGUUGUCCCAACAGUCCACGGGGCUGGCGUUCCCGACAGAUUGCCGCUGGUUCAAGAAAGUCCAUCCGUGACCACUCCAAGGAAACAAGUCCCACCGUCCGCCAAGCCUCAGAAAAGAAUCAAGAGGUUGUGGAGUGGUGAGGAGCAGGCAGCGGUCAGGCGUCAGUUUGGAGAUUUUUGUAGUCUAGUCAAAGUGCCCGGCAAGAAGGACUGCGACGCUUGCUUGGCUGCCGAACCUGCUUUGAGUACCCGCACGUGGCGGGAGGUUAAAUAUUAUGUACACAACUCCAUUCAGUCAAUCAAAAGACGAGGUCACGCAGCUGUCCCGAAACAAACUGAAGGGCCGAAACAGCAACUAGAAAUUCCCAUGUCUAACCCAGAGUGGGAUGGUCCUGUUUAUCUGUCACUGUAGAUUGUACGAACAUGUUGGAAUAGGUUCUGUCAUCAACCAUCUUUAGAAUGAACAAACGUAAUUACUGUACGUUAAAAAAUAUGCUUCCACCAGUCUUUUAUUAGCCAUCGUAAUAUUGUAUGUACAAUUUGUACAGAGUGCCCGGUCAAACUGGUCUAUUCGGAAUCAAGUCAACUAGAACCAGCUAUUAGUGGUUUACUUGUGCAUGAAUAGUAACUCAGUGGUUGAAACUGAGCGCCUUGUGUGAUUAGUUUGCAUAUACAGUACCUUAUGAUCAGUGUGGAAGAUCGUCAGUGCUUCGGUUUAUAUUUGUGGUAACAUUGGUUGGGUAAGCGAGCAGCAUCUACCAGCAAAUCUUUGUACUUGGUCUUUCUGACAGCUGUUAAUUGAGCACCUUGACUCCUGAACUAUUUUACUCUUAAGCCAACUUACCAUGUUGUAGAUGGCCCCAAUAUCCAUAACACUGUGUAUAGACGUCUCACAUGCCCAUUCAUGUAAGUUAUUUUGGUCGUUCGAUUUUUUAUGUGUAUGGCAAGGUUGCCGAAAAGCAAGUGACUGCGUAUUACAGUUUUAGUACUUGGUGUAUUUGGAUGUCUCUCAGAGAAAAACACUACAGGGUGGUUUUAAAAAACAAAACGUAGGUCAAAAUCACCCUGAUGUUUUAUGUUUUAAAACCGGGCUCUGCCACUUUUACUGUCAUAAGAGCCAUAUUCUCCUCCAAAAUUUCCACUUAAGAAAAAUAGUCAGAAGAUGCAAAACACACGUUUAGAAGUUUUAAUAUUUUCUUAGUUUUACAGGCAAAAUAUGUCAAUGCAGAAUCAAACUCUGUAUUUUCUUGAGGUUUUUCAUUUUGGGGAUAGGUGUAAGUUAGCUUACCAUGGCUCUCUUGUGCAUACGUCUCUCACCGGCCCCACUUCCCCUUUUCCUUGCCUUCCUUAUGCCUGUCAGGACUACAGAUGGGUAUUAUUAACAUUCUAACUAAUACUAGUACAGUGCAGUAACCUUUGAAGCGGUGCCGGUGCUUAAAUGGGGCCCUAACCAGUACUUAAAAAUGGAAAAAAUGCACUUUUUAGUUUAAAGACAACAAUGCCAUUUGACAGAAAUGUGUGAAAAUUCAGUUGAACAGGCUAGCACAGGGAUGCCCAAAGCGUGGCCCGCGGGCCAAAUUGGGCCCGUCCUGGCCGCCAAAGGGUGUUUCCCAAGUUUAGUACAUAUUCAUUCUGACUUCUUUCAAGCGGCACAAUCAUUGAUGGCAUGAUCGCAAGGCUCCUCUGUAAAAAAAAAAAAAAAGUCAGAUCUUACUGUACAAAUCUGGUAGCUUAGUUGCCAGAAAUGUAUAGUAAAAAUAUCAGAUUUACAGUAUUGGCCAUAGAUUUAAUUUGGGGAAAAAUGGCAGCUCAACCAGAAUUUUAACUUAAAAACCACUGUGGUACAGUUUUUUUUAAAUAUUGAGUCCUCAUCAUGGGGUAUCAGGCCUGUUUGCAGGCAUUGAUGAUCAGGGCUCGCCAGCCUUCUCUGUCGUCCGCCCUAUGUAUAAGUUCUAUAUUGUUGAUAUUUCCCAUAAAAUGUCUUAGGCUGUUGAUAUGUUGUUCGUUGUCGACCGGGAGAUUUCUUUCCGAGUUUUCCUGUUAACAUCAGUUUUUCUAAGGUGUCUUUUCGAAUGAUAUGUCCGAGGAAUUUUAGCUGCCUAUUUCAAAUCGUUGCAAUUAGAGAUCUUCUUGUUUUUGCCCUCGCCAAUACCUCUUUGUUAUUUUUCUUUUCCGUCCAUGAUAUGCAGAGUAUUUUUCUGAAGAACCACAUUUCAGUUGCCUACUAAUUUUCUCAGUUGUUGAUUACUUAAAGUCCAACAUUGACAGCCGUAAAGUAGGAAGACCAUACCGUAUUUUCCGCACCAUAAGCCGCCCUGGGUUAAAAGCCGCGCCUUCAAUGAACGGCAUAUUUCAAAACUUUGUCCACCUAUAAGCCGCCCCGUGUUAUAAGCCGCAUCUAACUGCGCUAAAGGAAUGUCAAAAAAACAGUCGGAUAGGUCAGUCAAACUUUAAUAAUAUAUUAAAAACCAGCGUGAUGUGGGCGCGCAUGGAGUCGUAUAUCAACAUGGACGGAGCUGCGUGAAAAAAGCCACCCG